AUGGCGUACCAGGUCAGCGAUUCCCUGUACGAAAACCACAGACGCCACCUCCCAGGGCCUUUCCUGUUUACGCUAGCCAGUGCAUGGUCCGGUUCACUGUGCAUGGGAGCAACGCUGGGGUACACAUCUCCAGUCGCCACGAACGACUGGAUCGCGCCAGAGGAAGACGGCCCCGCUAUACAGUCUGCAACUAGCUCAACCUGGUUCAGCUUUCUGCUGCCGAUUGGUGCUGUCUUCGGCAGUGGGCUGGGCGCUCUCACCAGUCAAGUCAUGGGACGCCGCUUCGCGCUGUUUCUCAGCGCCCUGGUGUACAUGGUGGGAUACGCGACCAUCUUUGCGAACACCGCCUUCUUCACGGUCCUGUUCGGUCGCUUCGUGACGGGAGUGGCUACGGGAAUCGUCUCCCUCUGCGUGCCCACCUACAUCGCGGAGGUCUCCUUGCCUGCUCAGCGAGGAUCUAUGGGUGGCGUGCUCCAGCUGGCCAUCACCGUCGGUAUCCUCUACUCUUACGUACUGGGGCGGUUCUUGGAGUGGCAGCUGCUCGCCGUAGCGGGCUUCGCCGGUGCCAUCCUGUUGGCGGUUCUCAACCAGUACUCGGUGGAGUCUCCACGCUGGCUAAUUCUCAGCGGCCGCAGGAUGGACGCCGUGGAGGCGCUGUGGAAGUUGCGUGGCACCAGCGGCAAGGUGGACGAAGAGUGUCAUGCCAUUGAGCAGGUGUUCGCACGUGCUCCUACGCGCUUGUCCCACGUGCUGCUGGCCGCGCAUGCGCACUUCAUCCAGCAGUUCUCGGGCAUCAACAUGAUCAUCUUCUACGCGAGUUCUCUGUUCGCCGACAGCGGUAUCUCCAUCAGCGCCGCGGACUGCUCCAUCAUCGUCGCCAGCCUACAGGCACGCCACGUGCACACCUUGGCUGUGGCUGUCACCAUGGUGGUGGUGUCACUCAUGGACGUGGUGGGUCGGCGGCGUCUCCUGCUCUUCUCCUGCCUGACGUGCGUCUCGGCCAUGGCCACCAUCGCGGCGAUCUAUCCAGUGUCGGGCGGCGAAGCGCAGCCACCGGGCGCAUCACUCGUCCAGCGCUUGCCCAUUCUCUUAUUGGGACUCUACAUCAUGGGCUACUCGCUCGGGCUUGGUCCCGUGGUCUGGAUACUCGGCGCCGAGCUCGUGUGCUGCCGGGACCGCGGCAUGUACCUUGCCGGCGUGUGCGCUUUUAACUGGGCCUGCGUCCUCUUGGUCACGUGGUUCUUCACGAGCGUGCGAGACACCAUCCAGCUGACCGGACUGGCCUCGUUCUUCUGCAUGGUCACCAUAGUGGGCGCCUUUCUCUUGAUGCUGUUCAUGCCCGAGACCCAAGGACAGAGUCUCGAGCAGAUCCUUCUGGGCAAUUUCAGACAGCCGGAGGCCGCCUCUGGACACUCGCCCAAGUAUUUUCUUUGGAAGAGGAUGUAG